AUGCUUUUUGGGAAUUUCUGGCUGGCCUUUCUGGCCGUGUUCUUUCUUCCGUUAGCUGAAAGCCUUCAUGUAACCCCGGACAUUGCAGAUGAACAUUUGCGUAAUGUCUACGACUAUAUCAUCGUUGCAGGUGGCACCGCUGGUCUAACCAUUGCCAAUCGCCUCUCCGAAAACCCAGCAGGUCUGCUUCCUGUCCCGGGAACCAUCGGGUCAGGUGGAUGGCAAAAAUACCAAUGGGGGCUGACCACUGAACCCCAGACCUAUCUCAACAAUCAGAAUGUGGGAAUACCGCAGGGGAAGGCUGUUGUGCACGUCUCCUACCCUCAAUACUUCUAUGACCAAUCCUUCAACGUUCUCGAGGGCUUGGCUGAGCUUGGUCUACCCAUCAUUGGUGAUGUGAACAAUGGGACAGCCGCAGGGGCCAUGACACUCCCCUCAAGCAUGCACCCUGAUAAUCAGACGAGGUUCGAUGCUAGAGAAGCUCAUUUUAACUCGGCAUCUUCGAGGUACAAUUUGCACAUUGCAACCAAUCAGACUGUCACACAACUUGUUUUGGAUAGUAACAGUGCAUAUAACUCCAAUCGGAGAGUUAUGGGAGUCGAGUUUGCUCCAAAUAACAAGUCGAAAGCGAGAUCAAUUUCUUGUACUCGAGAGGUUAUUGUUUCGGCUGGUGCCAUUUUCACUCCUACUUUACUUCAGAUAUUGGGAAUUGGGCCAUCAGAUGUUCUGAAGUCGCUUGACAUUCCGGUCAAGAUUGACCUUCCCGACGUCGGAUAUAAUCUUCAGGACCAUCCCAUGAUCUAUGCUAACUACUACUGCCGCAAUGAAUCAUAUUUGAGGAGUGAUGAGAUAACCGACGAUGUGUAUGAUGAAGUUGCCGAGGAAUACAUACGGAACAGAACAGGUGAGCGCAAAUAUCUGAGAGAGGGACCAAGUUCCGGUAAUGGCAUUCCUUCAAAUGCCCCCAACUCCGUGAAGAAGGGCUACGAAGUCCAACGGAGGAUUCUCAGACAAAAAGGGCAGUUCGCUGUCGCUGCUCAAAAGACCUUCUCCCGAGGCACCAUCCAACCCUCGUCUUCCUCUAUUUUUGAUACGCCAAAACUGGACCCACGAUACUGUUCCGACACGAUCGACUGCGAGAUUAUUGUUCUUGGUCUCCAAAUGAACACGAAACUGAUUCAAACCAACGCUAUGAAAGAGCUCAUGCCCGAAGCGGAAUCGGUGUUCGAUACUACAGAUCGUGAGUCGUUGAUGAAGCAAGUCAUGGAGAAGAUCACGACAGAGAGACAUCCUUCAGGAACAGCAGCCAUGAUGGCACUCGAGUUGGGAGGAGUUGUUGACCCAGAGCUCAAGGUGUAUGGCACAUGCAACUUGCGUAUUGCUGAUGCUAGUAUCAUGCCCCUGAUUCCGUCAGCGCAUCUGCAAGCUAGUGUCUAUGCCAUUGCUGAGAAGGUGAGACUCUGA